AUGGCACCCGGGGCAGUCUCUGUAGUCGGAGUCCUGGUAUCCGGCUUGGUUGCGAAGUUCACAAACAGGACAACUGCCGGCGUCUUCAUGUUUGUAGUCUCGAUCAUCGGCACAAUCAUGAUGUUUGCCAUUCCGAGUUCUCAAUACACCUCUCGCUAUGGAGGCUAUGUCCUUGCUCUUCAAUUCCCUAAUUCUAACCCCUUCAUUAUGGCCCUGAUGACUGCAGGUGUGUCUGGAAGCACAAAGAAAUUUGCAUUUGGUGCCGCCUACCAGCUUGGCUAUGCCGUAGGCAAUAUCAUUGGGCCUCAGACCUACCGAAGCGCCGAUGCACCAAACUACUAUCCAGCCAAGUAUACCAUGCUUGCGUUCUUGGUCUUUGGUCUUUUCCUUAUGGCAAGUUGGGGAGUCAUCCACAAAAUUUGGAACACCCAAAGGGACAAACGGGACGCAUCUGAGCCCCAAGAUGCUGCCGACGUUAUUGAGAAUGAAGAAUUUCUUGACAAGACGGACUUCAACAUCAAAUCAUUCAGAUAUCCGUUGUAA